CUCCAGAUCCAACGGACCCCAACGUCUCCCUCUCUCUCCCUCCUCGUCCCCACGACGAAGCCAUCCGAGAUUCCCAACCCCCCGAAACUCCCGGAAUGGCCGAUUCGGAUAACGACUCGGGAGGGCCCAACGACGUCAGCCACGGGCAGAGCGGGGAGUUGUCCGCGCGUGAGCAGGACCGCUUCCUGCCGAUCGCGAACGUGAGCCGGAUCAUGAAGAAGGCGCUGCCGGCGAACGCAAAGAUAUCCAAGGACGCGAAGGAGACGCUGCAGGAGUGCGUGUCGGAGUUCAUCAGUUUCGUCACUGGUGAGGCCUCCGACAAGUGCCAGAGGGAGAAGAGGAAGACGAUCAACGGAGACGAUUUGCUAUGGGCGAUGACCACGUUGGGGUUCGAGGAGUACGUGGAGCCGCUCAAGAUUUAUUUGCAAAAGUAUCGGGAGAUGGAGGGCGAGAAGAGCACCAUGGGCGGCGGAGGUGGCGGCAGAGAGAAAGAUAGUAGCAGCGGAGGCGGAGGCGGAGGCGGAGGCGGCGGUGUCAGCUCUGGGAUAAGUGGUGAUGGGUAUAAUGGAGGGUAUGGUGGAAUGGUGAUGAUGGGUCAUCAUAAUCAUCAUCAGGGACACAUGUACGGUUCUGGUGGUGGGUAUCAACAGCACCAUAUGGGAAUGGGAGGUGGAGGAGUUGGGAAGAGUGGUGGUUCAAGUGGUGGUGGUGGAGCUUCAGUUGUCAGGUGAUUCUCAGGUCAAGAGAGACCUCUAUGGAACGGAAUUCACCGCCAUCAUGGAAGCCCGGGUCACGAAGGACGAUGAACUAGUUCCAUCUCAAUCCUCUCUGUAGCUUGUAAGUGUAACUGUGGGGAAGGAAAAUUAUAGUGGAAGGUAAAAAUGUAUUUAUAGCUAAAGCUAAUUGACGGAGAGAUGAAGGUUAAGGUGGGUGUGUCUGUAAUUAUAUCAUAUCGUGAGCUGAACUUGUUGAGUUUCAUUGUUUUCACUAAAUCACAAUUCAGUUGUUGGAUAUUUGGUCUUUUAC